GUGAACUUCGUAGGCAAGCACUCGCGUUCAAGAACAGGAAAGAGUUGGCGGAGAAGAAAGCCGUGAAGGACGAGGCCGAGUCAAAAUUAGAAAGGGGGAAAGAAGUUGCCCAGCUCGGGGAACAAAGUAAACAAUCGAUCGCCCCGCUCAUAGUGCAAGCCGCCGAUCCGGAUGCCCCCGAUAUCAUAGCAGCUGCGGCAGCACAUGGAUUGACUGUAACGAGUGCCAGAGAACAAGCGGCCGAGUUAGGUAUCACUCUUCGUGCACUGCUAGGCCUUGAUGAGGCGCCAAUGAAGGACGUAGUAUUUACAUAUGUGAAGAAUGGCCCUCUCGUCGAGCCUGCGCAGGAAGGGGAUCUACCUCGACAAAUGCUAGGUCUGCUAAAUUGGUACAAGGGUUACAUAAAACAUAAAAACGCCAAAGACUAUAUCUAUGCGGAAGUUAGAUAUGAGCAUCACUUCAAACAUUACUGGGUACAAAUUCCUCUGAGUGAAUUGUUCCAGCUGUUCAAUCUGCGCGACCUCGACAAAUCUAUCAUCAGUUGCUACGUUCUAAUGAAGAAGCGGGAAAUGCGAAUAAGGAACAUCCAUGAUGUUGGGUUCAUUGACCCACACAUCGUUAAUUCACAUGUGUUAGAACACCACCCCGCCGACGUGGAGGAUGACCUGUGGCGGUUUAUUAGAAAACAGCAACAGAAAAGUGAUAUUCUAUUUCCUUACCAUUUUGGGUUCCACUGGAUUCUUAUGGUAAUUAAAGUUCAGACCUCCUCAGUUCUCGUCCACGACUCUCUGAAUAUGGAUCCGGCGCUUUGGGGCGACAUGAGAAAAAUGUUGCAAAAGGUUUGGAGACGGUUCGUAGAUACCAAGGUCGGUGAAUUCAAAAAAGAGCUAUCUUUUAAAAUGGCAGUGCGGACGACUGGGGAUACUCAGCCACCGGGGACCAAUCUAUGUGGAUACUAUGUUUGUGAGAGGAUCCGGAGAUACUGCAAUGAGCGGGACCAGACGUGUGAGAACAACAUCCUGAGGAAUAACCUCCGGAAGACGCUUAGUCCAGAAGCUCGCUUCCGACCACUUCAAGAGGAACUAGCUGGAUGGUUGGCGAGGGAAGUCAUCGAUCCUAAAGGAGAACACUAUUACGAUGACGUAGAACUUUAUAUGCACCAGAAUUUGUAACUAACUUGUUCAAAAUUGUAUAUGGUCAUCCGAUAUUGAAUAUAUAUUGUAUAUGGUCAUCCGAUAUUGAAUA